UCAUUUAGGUUAAGAAACAAUUUUUUAUAUUAUUUUGGAUUUCUCUAUAAGAAUUCCAAAAUAAUCAAGAGAAAAUGGCUCUUCUCAAUAUAGGGGAAGAUCCCUGGUUGCUGGAACAUGAAACUUGUGAGAAGUUAUAUCGAGAAAUUAUGGAGCAACUUACUCAACGCCAGAGGCAACCAAGGACGAGUGAUAAAUUUUCACAAUUAUCAGCUACAAUCAGAUUGAGGCUAAAGCAAUAUAAUAACGAAGUUGAACAAUUACUUCAAAAAAUUGGGUUUGGUGGUAACUUAACUUCAGCAGAAUUAGAGAGAAGGAAUAGACAAGUUGAGGUUUUGAAAUCGAAGGGAUUACAAAUGCAGAAGCUUUUCGAUGACCAAUUAACACAUAAAAAUAAUGAAGAGAGACAGUCAUUGUUUGGUGCCACAUCUUCAAUGUUUGAUGAUGAUGACUUCAGGAGAGACACUGUUUCAGACAUCAGGAAUACUCAACAAAAGAUGAUAGGUGAGCAAGAAAGGGGACUUGAAAGUCUAUACCAAAUCAUAUCCAGACAGAAGAACAUCGCCCAAACCAUAUCGAAUGAAGUAGAUUUACAUAAUGAUAUCCUGGAUGAUUUGGACACUCAAAUGGAAAGAACAAACACCAGAGUGAGAACUGAAACUCAAAAUAUAGGUGUCAUAGAUAGAAAGGAUAACACAUGUGGAUAUUGGAUAGUUAUUAUACUUUUAUUCGUAAGCAUAGUUUUAGUUUCGAUUGUUUAGAAGACAUGACACGAUCAAUACAAAAUAAUGAAUGUAUAUUUAUUAAUUCUCAAAAGACAUCAUUCAAAAUCCUAGUUCCAAUUGCCAAGGAUUGAAAUUGAUUCGAAACAAUGGUGUAAGAAUAUUUCAAGGAGUUUUCGCAACUUAUGAAAAUUAAAACAUUUUUCGAGCAAAGCAUUCGACAUGCACCAUUUCAACUUUUUUUCACAAAAAAAAUUGUAAUCUACAUGUGAUUUGAUUUGAUUAUAACUUUAUGAUAUUGCAGACUUUGGUUUUUAGACCUUCUGACAUAUGUAAUAUAUGCUACUUCGUCUUUCCAAAUCAAAACUAAUUGAAAUAUUCAGAGAGUUUCAGAAAUAUUUACUGUGAUUAUACCAAAUAAUAUAUUAAUUCAUAAAUGCGAAUUGUGUCCUGUCAUAUCUUGUUAUAUUGAUCUAUAUAUCUGCUAUUUUUAUCUAUUUAUACAAUAUAUUACUUCAAAAGAU